GUCGUGCGAGUAGUUUCGAAGCAAUCGGUUCCAGAUGCAAAACACUUGGCUUUCGAUUCUAGUCACGUGGCUGGUCUUGGCCGGGGCAACGUCAGACGAUGACGAGUACACGGCUAAUAAUGCCCAGUACCGGUGCGGGAUUCAGAAGCGCUUCGGGGAGCAGCUGAUCCAUCAUGGCUGGACUUCGGAGCUGGGUCAGUGGCCCUGGCAUGUUGCCCUCUAUCAGAUGGAUAGAAGUGGACAGCGGGUUUAUAAGUGUGGUGGAACGCUGAUCGACCAGAGGCAUGUCCUUACCUCGGCCCACUGUGUAGUUCGUUCCAAUGGGAAACCGAUGAAUCCGGAAAGGUUGAAUGUGGAACUUGGGAAGCAUUUGCUGUUCGACUAUCCGGAACAGGUGCAGAUUAGAAAUGUGAGCCAAAUACACAUCCAUCCGGAAUUUAGCCUGAAUCGGAACGACAUCGCCGUGUUGGUUUUGGACAGAAACGUUCGCUAUUCGGAGUUCGUUAUUCCCAUUUGUUUGGAGCGAUCUGGGGUGGGAUCUACAGAAAAUUUGGUGGGAAAACGGGGCUGGGUCGCCGGCUGGGGACUUACUGAAAACAAUUCAAUAUCGCUGCAACUGAAAACGGCCCAAAUGCCAGUAGUAAACGAUACGGAAUGUGUUCAGAAUGAUCCUAUUCUUUUUGGUCGAUUCAUCUCGGCAGGAGUUUACUGUGCUAGUGAUCGAAAUGGAACCAGUGUCUGUCUGGGUGAUAGUGGAGGCGGAAUGUACUUCAGCACCGGGGAUUUCUUUGAGCUGCGAGGAAUCGUUUCGUUUGCUGCCAAACCACCAAGUGGAGGAUGUGACGUGAACAAAUUCAUCAUUUUCACCAAUGUGGCAUAUUACUAUCCCUGGAUAGUGAGUCUCACUCGGGAUGAAAUCCAACGAUACGAACUGCUGCCCAAAAGAAUCAGCGAGCAGAAAUGCCAGGAGUAUGCCAAACUAGCGAGAAAGCGUAAGAAUGGAGUUUGCUACAAUUCAAGAUCACCACAUGCGGUUGCAAUUGCUAAUCAAGAAAAAGUGGUGUGUACUGGGGUACUAGUAAGUGAUAAUUUUGUCAUGACGUCCGAUUUCGGCUGCGUCGAAGAAAAAGACAACUACAAAACGAUGACCAUCCGGAUCGGUCAAGAUCUGGACCUGCAGGUUAGGAAUGUCUAUCGGCAUCCCGGAUUCGCGGAUUUCAAGAACAUCGACAUCGUUUUGAUAGAGCUAGAGCAGCGGGUCAAUCUGGAACAGCAGCUGAUUCCGGCCUGUUUGGCCACGCCGGCCACCGAAAAUCUGUACGAUAACCUUCUGAGAACAGGAUUCAGCGGCAUUCGAAGUCUGCAGAUUUUCGAAAGUUCCGAAAACCAACUGAUGUCGUUUAGCGAUUGUAUGAAUAUCACAACCAGAGUUCUAUCGAUACCCAAAUCAACCGACUCCAAGUAUCAUUUGUGUGUCGAGUUGAAGGAAAAUUUCGAAGAAACUGGCCACUGGUUCCCAAGUCAGGGGCUUCCGGGAAGUCCGCUGCAGACAGUCAACAGUCGUAGCUGUAUGUCGACUGUGAUUGGAAUCGCAACCCGGCAACAGUUCGGGACCAAAAAUUGGAUCGUCUACACCCGGGUCUCGACGGCUUUGGAUUGGAUCGAGGACGUUGUUUGGCGCAAUGGAACCGCGACGAGACCUAGCAUGAAAAAUUUCAUUUUUCGGAUGUAUUUUAUGGGAGGGAAUGAUACAAGUCCCGAAUCGGUGCAGGUCAAUCUGCUCAAUGGCACUUCCGGUCCGCUGACGGUUAAGGUGAACAACACACCGUUUACCGAUUACUCGACCAAUGUUAUCAAAGUACAAUCCAAUCGUGAUAAGGGAAUGAAGAUCGUUGCAUUGAUCUCGGUUGUCUGGUGGUUGGCCCUGGUCAGUUGUAGUGACGACGAUGAGUUCACCGCGAAUAAUGCGCUAUAUCGGUGUGGAAUCCAGAAACGGUUCGGAGAACAGCUGAUCCAUCAUGGAUGGAGUGCCGAGCUGGGUCAAUGGCCAUGGCACGUGGCCCUAUAUCACCUGGAUAAAAGCGGAAAUCCGGUGUACAAAUGUGGAGGAACGUUGAUCGAUCAGCGGCACAUUCUGACGGCGGCCCACUGCGUAGUACGUCGAAAUGGGCAAAAAAUGGGAGCCACCGAGAUAAGGGUAGAGUUCGGCAAGCAUGAUCUGUACGAUUUUCCGGAUCAGGUCCAGACCAGGAACGUCAGUGAAGUGCAUGUGCAUCCUGAGUUUGGUCCAAAUCGAAACGAUAUUGCUCUGCUGGUGGUGGAUAGGAUUGUUCGUUUUUCCGAAUUUGUGGUCCCGAUUUGUAUGGAAGAUGCCCGUCGAAAUUUGAAGGGCGAUUUGGUCGGUGUCCGGGGAUGGGUUGCCGGUUGGGGUGUUACCGAAAGCGGAAACAUCUCGACUCAGCUCAAAACUGCUCAGAUGCCAGUGGUCAGCAAUACCGAGUGUGUCCAGAAUGAUCCAACCCUGUUUGGAAGAUUCAUUUCGCCUGGGGUUUACUGUGCCAGUGAUAAAAACAGUACCAGCGUAUGUUUGGGGGACAGUGGCGGAGGCAUGUACUUCAGUACCGGCGAUCAUUACGAACUGCGGGGGAUCGUAUCGUUUGCAGGAAAGUCCAAGGAAGGAAGCUGCGACACUAACAAAUACGUCAUAUUCACGAACGUUGCUUUCCACUAUCCGUGGAUUGGGCGCUUGACGCGUGAUGAAGUGAAUCGAUAUGAUAGGCGCCCGAAGAGAAUAAGUGAAAAAAAAUGUCUGCAUUACUCCCGGUACACUAGAAAAAGGAAAAAUGGAGUUUGUUACAACUCGAGGUCACCACAUACGGUCGCUGUACUGAAAAACAACAUGCUUGCCUGCAGUGGAGUACUGAUAAGUGAGAGCUUUGUCCUGACCGCGGAGUAUCAAUGUCUUCGAGAACAGAACCAUACAACGUUGAAGGUGCGUAUUGGACAAGAUUUGGACAAGGAUAUCAAAAAAAUUUACCGGCACCCGCUGUUCGAUGAGGGUUUCUUCACUAGCGUCAAUUUGGGUUUGCUGGAAAUUGACACUCCUGUGAACCUGGACAGACAGCUGGUGCCGGCAUGCGUAGCUAAUGAAGCCUCCGAAAAUCUGUACGACAACUUGCUGCGAACCGGGUACAGCGGAUUGCAAAUUUUCCAGUACUUCGAAAGUUCGGAAAAUCGGCUGAUGUCGUUCAAAGAGUGUGAUGACUUCAUGCGAAAAAGUUUCUUCACGGCCCUUCAAGAGCACCAGGUGUGCAUCCAACUGCUGGAAGAUUUCGAAGGGACUGAUUUGUGGACCCCGGCCCAGGGUAUUCCGGGUAGCCCGCUUCAAACUGUGAACAGCCGCAACUGCAUGGCGACCGUCGUAGGAAUCGCUAACAGGCAGUUUUUCGGUGGCGAAAAUAUGAUUAUCUACACCCGGAUGGCUUCGACCGUCGAUUGGAUCGAGGAUAUCGUUUGGGGAAAUGGAAGCCUUACAGCCGCUUUUGAGCGCAGCAUUCCGACCACAACAACUGAACCGGGUACAACUCGUAAACCUGUGGUUUUAACGUUCAACUUCGGGCCAGAGAAUAGAGUUACUUGGAAUCCGUUGCGUGACCUGGAUGAGUCAGAAUACGAAGAGGAAAAUGGAAACGCAGAAGAAUAUCGGACAACGGUUCAAAGUGAGAAAAAUAGAAUGAUUCCUUUAGUUCGAACUACUACCGCUAAAAGUUCGAAACCGAGCAAUUGACAGCAAACAACGAUUAAUAAUGAGAUUGAUUAAUAUAAAAAUUCUUCAUAACAGUAGAAAAAUAAAUUUACUUGUGCAAUGAUUCA